AUGGAGUUCAAGGGAUCCAUUUUGAUUAAGCUUGUGCUGCUGCUACAGUAUUUAUCAGUUUUCUGUGUUUCACAGGAUUUUGAUUUCUUCUACUUUGUUCAGCAGUGGCCAGGAUCAUACUGUGACACAAAGCAAAGUUGUUGCUACCCAACAACUGGGAAGCCUGAUGCAGAUUUUGGCAUUCAUGGUCUUUGGCCUAAUUACAAUGAUGGUUCAUACCCUUCUAACUGUGAUUCCAACAACCCUUUUCAGCAAUCUCAGAUAUCUGAUCUCAUUAGCAAUUUGCAAAGCAAUUGGCCCACACUAGCAUGUCCAAGCAGCAAUGGGAUACAAUUCUGGACCCAUGAAUGGGACAAACAUGGCACUUGCUCAGAGUCAGUCCUUAAGCAACAUGACUAUUUUGCAGCAGCUCUCAACCUGAAACAAAAUGCCAACUUACUCCAAGCUCUUACAAGUGCAGGAAUACAACCAGAUGGGGGGUCCUACAGCUUGAGCAGCAUUAAAGGGGCUAUAAAGGAUGCUAUUGGGUAUACUCCAUUCAUUGAGUGCAAUGUGGAUUCAUCUGGUAAUAGCCAGCUAUACCAAGUUUACUUGUGUGUGGACACCUCUGGAUCAAGCUUCCUUGAGUGCCCUGUGUUCCCCAAUGGCAAAUGUGGAUCAAAUAUUGAGUUCCCAUCUUUUUAA